GUCUGUUCUUCUGUCUGCUGGCCUUCCUGGUUCAGAGUGUUUACAUGCUACUUCCAAAACUUGUAUUGGUCGACUUUCCUUCAUCAGCCUCUGCAAGCACCAGUGUGCUAAGUCACAUCAUCCUUAGAGCACUUUAUUGUUUUCCUUAGAAUCAGUCAUCAACGUAUGUCUGUGUUGAUGGCUGUUUACUUAGCUUUGCCUGAAGUCACAAUCAGUCUUUUAACUCAGAACCUUACACAGUUCCAUGGGAAAUUUUAGAUGAUUUUUAAUUAAUUUGGUGGAUCUAUGCGUACAUGAAUUUUCAAAAUACCAUGUGCUCAUGAAACUUUUAAUACAGAUUUUAAAAAUGAUUGAAAUUUGUUUCCUUCAAUAUUAUUUCUGAUAAAUUCCCUUUAUUCCUGUUUUGUUUUCUAUCUCUUAGGUAAUAUCCUACAAAACCAAUGUAUGCAGUAAACUUCACUGAGGUUUCUGAAUUUGUGUUCCUGGGCCUUUCUGCUUGCAGACCAGUGCAGCGUUUCCUCCUUGCCUUCUCUGCAGUGCUGUAUGUAACAAUUGUCCUGGGCAAUGUUCUUGUUGUAUUUACUGUGAUGCUUGAUCCUCAUUUACAUUCUCCCAUGUACUUCCUUUUAGGAAACCUCUCGUUUAUUGAUUUAUGUCUGUCUACAUUAACGGUUCCUAAGAUGCUUUCUGACUUGUACUCUGAUAAAAAUACCAUUUCCUUCCAGGGAUGUGUCUUUCAGAUAUUUGUUCUUCAUGUUCUGGGUGGGUCUGAGAUGGUGCUACUAAUUGCAAUGGCCUUGGACAGGUAUGUGGCCAUAUGCAAGCCCCUCCACUAUCUGACCAUCAUGAGCCCUCGGAUGUGCAUUUUGCUUUUGUCCGGUGCUUGGGUUAUUGGUCUCCUUCACUCAUUGGCUCAGUUAGCUUUUGUGGUUCAUUUGCCUUUUUGUGGUCCUAAUGAGAUAGAUAGCUUUUACUGUGACCUUCCUCAAUUUAUCAAACUUGCCUGUGCAGACACCUAUAGAAUGGAAUUCAUGGUAACUGCCAACAGUGGGUUUAUUUCCACAGGCACUUUCUUCUUAUUGAUGAUCUCCUACAUCUUCAUCCUGGUCACUGUAUGGAAACGCUCCUCGGGUGGUUUGUCCAAGGCCCUCUCCACCCUUUCAGCUCACAUCACGGUGGUGGUUUUGUUUUUUGGGCCAUGCAUCUUUGUCUAUAUGUGGCCAUUUCCCACAGUAUCAGUGGAUAAAUUUCUUGCCAUUUUGGAUUUCAUGAUUACACCCAUUCUGAAUCCUGCCAUAUACACCUUGAGGAAUAAGGACAUGAAGACGGCAAUGAGGAGACUGGUUAGUCAUGUACUGAGUCUGAGGAAAAUUUCCUAAGUAACUUAGAUCACAAGUGCUGUCUUCUGACAGCUAUUCUGUAGACACACAUGCCUAAGAAUUCACACUGUCAGAGACAAUUAAUUUUCCUUAAU